AUGGAAGGAUGGAAUAAUAUUGACAACGCUUUACACAUUUAUGAAAAUCAUCUCUGCCAUGAUUUACCUAUAGAAGGGUUGUUAACUGAAAUCAAGAAUGAGAAUUUAAUAUCAGAGGAGGAGUACCAAUUGAUCAAUUCAAAGUCAUCUCGAAAACAAAAAAACAGAACGCUGUGCAGUAUGUUAAAGUCCAAGAAAGAAAAGAAAACAAACAUGACUUCCUUUUGCAAUUUAUUAUGUAUGCAACCAGAACCUAAAAUACAAAACUGCGGUUGGAUUUUACAUGAUGUGGCUAAUGAUCCAGUUGGGCUGAAUUAUAUUCGCGAUUUCAUUUGCGCAUUACAAGAAGGAAAAUGUAAGAACAAUCUUAUAAGAAUUAUGAUUAUCGGACCAGAAAAUGUAGGUAAAACAACUUUACUCAAAGUGCUAAUUAAGCAGUCACUAUUGGCUAAUGAAGCACCAACACAAGUAGCUAGUGGUAAUCAUCCGCUAAUAGAAUUGAUUACAUUCGAUACUGGUGAUAUGGUGAAGACUGGAUUGGGCACUCUCGCUGAUAGUAAAGUUGGAUUAGCAGUUCUUCAAUCGCCAUCUUUACAAGUUACAAGACAGACCUUAUCCAAUAUGAAAUCGCAAAGAACGAAUGUAUUCGAUAAAUUACUUCGCAGCAAGUAUAACAAACUUAGACCGAAACUUUCUAAGAUACAAGAGGCAAAUACAGAUAGUAAUGAAAAGAUUAAUGACGCUAUACAACAAAGGAACAACUCAAAAUCAGAUAUAACCUACUAUGCAAGAAUGAAUGAAUGGUUAUCAUCUGUACAUGGAUGCAAGGGGUUAAGCCAUGGUUUAGAGGGUAAUGUUAGAAAUGAGAUUACGAUCGAUGGUAAAAAUUAUGAAUUGCCUAUUGUCAUUGUCAUCGGUAGUCAUGCAGAUAAGAUUGUAGCUAAUAAUGAAGAAGAAAAAAAUAGAAAAAUACAAGCAGCUUAUAACAAGAUAUCACAUGAAUUUGGCCGUAAGGCCUUUUCCAAACAUCUAUACUUAUCACACUUAGCUAUGAAUGGUGAUGGCAACGAUAACAGCAAAGCAACUCAAGAUCUAAGAGACGAGAUACGUAAACGGUUAUGUCAAACCUUUACUAAAAUUGCAGAAAAAUUACCAUUUAUAACGGAUCCUAUUCCAGUUCGAUGGUAUGAAAUCAUUCAAAUACUUCGUGGAGAAAGAGAAGAUAAAACAAUAAAGAAGUUACUUACUAAAACACAAGUUAAAGACUUGAUAGACAAACAUCAUCUAUCUAAGCAAGGCGAGAAGUUAGAUAGUUUAUUAUCUUACUUGCAUAAUAUCGGACAAAUUGUCUAUUGCGAUAAAGACGAGAUUCUGAGUAAUUGGGUCGUAUCGGAUAUUGAUUGGCUAAUUGAGAUUUCUCGAUGUUUGCAGAAGCGUAAAUGGAAUAAUGGCAGAGUUAAACUAUAUCAAAACUGCGCUUCAUUUCGAAUUAGUCCUGGUAUUGAUUUGAUUAUCGAUAAGUUAUCAACGGUCAUAGGCUUACAAUUAGUUUAUCGACACCCAAAUUUAAAAUCUAAAGAAGUAAGAAGAAGGCUAACUGAAACAGCCGUUGAGCUCAAUGUUAAGGAUGUAAUUGAAUCAGCUUUAAGAAUCAUUCUUACUAAAUGGAUGCCAAAUAUGAGUCAUAUACGAAUAAAAGUGAGUGUUAAGUGUCCGCGUUGUGGAGAGUUAGUAAAUAUCGAAGAUGGAUUAAGUGAUGAUAAAUCAUUUCUGGAUUGCCUUAAUUGUGAAUGUACCUGGCUUUCCUCGUACCAAUUAAAGCCUUGGUUAGAUAAAAUUCCAGUCGAUGCUUCUAGCGAUAACGGAGAGGAUACUCCUAUGUCGUUAACAGAGGAAGAGGGUGCAUCAAAAAUACCAAAAUGUAAGAUCAGCGGAAUUGGAAUGUUGGAAAUACAUAAACAAAUCUUACGCAGCCACUACGUCAAAAUUAUUGGGGAAUGUCAAUCAAGCGUCAAGCCUAUUUGUAAUCACUUAUACGGUCGAGAAAUUCUAACAUUUUAUCUAAAGGAAAUCAUUCUAUGCCAGCCAACCGAUUAUGAAAAAAUGGGAAAAUUGUUGGAUAUUUUACAGGAAUGUGGUAAUCGAGCAUUUGGUGUAUUUUGUGAGGUUCUAUCUACCAUUAAUUCGCCAGUGAUAAAAAUCUUAGAAAAUGCGGAAAGGGAAAAUGGAAAGGAACCAAAAGGAAACUAA